AUGCGUUCUUCUACUUUGGCAGUCACAGCUGCUACAUCCGCUGGCAUUGUUAAUGCUGCUGCAAAUUCUACUCUCAGUGAUAUCUGCACAACCUCCUACAUCCAACAAUCCCUUCCUGACACUGCUACUAUUGGCCUUGCCGUCACUCUCAACUCGGCAUCCGUCACAGCUAACGCAGUCUCCAACGCUACCACCACUGGUAAUACCUUCUUUCCAGACGCGACAAUCAGUUAUUGUAAUGUGACUUUCACCUAUUCUCACACUGGAAAAGAGGAUUCAGUACUUGUCCAGUAUUGGUUGCCUGCUCCAGCAAACUUCCAGAAUCGCUAUUUGUCCACUGGAGGUGGUGGCUAUGCGAUCAAUUCUCAAGACCAAUCACUUCCUGGUGGUAUUAUCUAUGGUGCCAGUGCCGGUAUCACAGACGGAGGCUUCGGAGGGUUCACUAAUAAUUUCGACACCACCUUUCCCCUUGCCAAUGGCACUGCCAACUACGACUCCCUUUUCAUGUUCGGCUACCAAGCCCAUCACGAAUUGAGCUUGAUCGGAAAACAGUUCACAAAGAAUGUGUUCGGCAUGGGAGACAGCAAACUUUAUUCUUACUACCAAGGAUGCUCCGAGGGUGGACGUGAAGGAUGGAGUCAAGUUCAACGCUACGCUGAUGAAUGGGAUGGUGCAAUCACAGGCGCUCCAGCCAUGCGAUUUGCCCACCAACAAGUCCAACAUCUUUACUCCAACGUGGUUGAGAAGACCCUUGGUUACUAUCCACCACCCUGCGAGCUGGAUAUGAUUGCGAAUCUUACAAUCGCUGCUUGUGACCCUAUGGAUGGCAAGACAGAUGGUGUCGUUGCCCGUACAGAUCUUUGCAAAUUAAAUUUUGAUCUGAACUCUACACUUGGCGUGGCAUAUUCAUGUGCUGCAACGCCCGCUUCUACAAACCCAUAUAACCCCAGACCCGCAAUUCCAGCACAAAAUGGUACUAUCUCGGCUGAAGGUAUUGCAGUCGCUGCUAAGAUUAUCGACGGUCUCCGCGACACUCAAGGUCGCAGGGCUUAUUUAUCCUAUCAGCCAGCUGCAACUUUUGAUGAUGCUGCCACCACAUACAAUGAGGAGACUAGCAGCUGGGAGUUAUCUAUCAGCUCGCUUGGAUCCGAGUUCCCAGUGCGCUUUAUCGAACUUCUCGAUGCCUCUACCUUUGAUGCCGGUACCUUCGACAACGUCACCUACGACACCCUUAGAGAUUGGAUGUACACCGGAUGGCAAAUGUAUGAAGAUACAUUGCAAACCACUUGGCCCGACCUCACCCCAUUCCAAGCAGCAGGUGGCAAGGUUCUUCACUUCCAUGGUGAAUCAGACAAUAGUAUCCCUACCGCCUCAUCUGUCCGUUAUCACGAGUCUGUCCGCUCUAUCAUGUAUCCCAACAUGACUUUCAAUGAGAGUACCGAAGCCCUCGGCGACUGGUAUCGCCUUUUCCUGGUUCCCGGAGCAGCCCAUUGUGCUACCAACUCUUAUCAGCCAAACGGACCAUUCCCUCAAACCAAUCUCGCUGUUUUGAUCGACUGGGUCGAGAAUGGAAUCACACCUACUACUCUCAAUGCCACCGUUCUCCAAGGUGAGUUUGAGGGAGAGGGACAACAAAUUUGCGCUUGGCCAUUCAGACCAAUGUGGUCUAACAAUGGAACUACUAUGGCUUGCGAGUACGACCAAGCUUCAAUUGAUAGUUGGAUCUACGACUUUGACUCUUUCCCAAUGCCAGUCUACUAG